GUCUGCAUCUGAAGCUGGUUUCACGUGAACAUACGCAUAUUGUUCGACAGAGUUGCUGUUGGCGAUUAUUAAGUAAAUGGCUACAGAAAAACACCAGUGGGAAACACGGUUGAAGUCCCAACUAGUGGAUGUGGCCGAAAUAUUGAGUCCACGACGCAAUCGGAUUCCUCCACGUCUUUUUAGUAAAGGCCUGAUCAGUGAAGACGACUUAGAUCGUUUCGACGCAUCAACUAAAGUAGAAACGGAUUUGGCUUUGGAUAUUCUAAAUCUGCUUCGUCGUCGACAACGUCCCGGAUCAUUCGACACAUUUUGUGAUGUUCUUCUUCAGACAAAAGAUGACACAUUACUUGAUGUGGAGAGGCAGCUUCGUCCACGUGUGCAACGUCAAGACAACACUGAGAGUCAUGAUUUAGCAGAGCAAAACAGUUUGCACGUGACAGAACGUCAGCUGCAGCAUUCUAGUGACAAUUUGUAUUCUAAAACAGAUUGUGGCUGUGGUGAUGACAAGUCUAAUCAGAAACUUGACAGAAAAUCUAUUCAAUUUUUUGUGAAAGAAGAUUUACUGGAAGAAUUCAACAAACAAUCGAAACUCCUAUCACUUGCUUUGGCUCAUGGACUUGACGUUCCAAAGGAAAAUGUUACAUCACAUCCAGCAUGUGGUCAAAUCCCUUGUUCACAGAGCAAACACGCUUAUGUUAUUCAUGUUGCUAAGAAGGCUGUGAUUACAAUUCUUGUCAGUGGCGUUGAAAGAGCUGCAAUUAAGAAUCAGAGCAACAUGAUAAUCAAUUUACUUGCUGUAACUGCCCAAUUCCAAGAAUCAGAGAUCGAAAUUGUUCAAAUUUUGCCUUCAAACAGUUGUUUGUUGGUUAUUCGCUUGCCUGGAUUGGCAAUGGUGCGCCUUAUUAUUGCCUUUUUUAGUCCACAAAUGAGGCCCGUGUUUCUUCAACGUCUUGCAAGAGUUUUGCCUGAAUCAGCCGUGGAAAUUAAAUUUGGGUUUGCAUCACUCCCAGAUUGUUCCGCUGCAUUACCGUCGUUGCGUUAUAGAGACAACUCUCAGUACUUUCGUACACGUCAGCAAACAAGGAGUUCGUCAGGAACGUUCAAGACAAACAAGGCGACUUUGUCUUCAUCGUUAACAGUGGAAUUACGAUUCAGGAAGACUGACAAGUGUAUCAGUGACUUGUUUGAUGUUGUUGAUGGUGUGACUGAUGAUCUGCAAACGUGUAAGAAACAGGUCAGUGGUAUACAAAAGCAACUCCAGCGCACAAAGAAGUUGAACGACUUAGAUAGGACAAUAUUGGACAAACUUGAGGAGGGCAAAAUUAAGAUUGCACUGAUGAAUCAAGAUGAUUGUUCAGUUGGUGCUUGUUGUGCAAGAAUGAAACUCCAAGAACAUAACGUUGCAAGAGAUAUAAAUGAUAUGUGUGAUGCAAUUGAAGGCUAUCAAAAGAGUAUUCACUCGCAUGUAGAACAAAUGUCACAAGUGGCAGAGCCAAUGACAUACAGUCACACAUGUACAUUAAUAGAAAGAUUACAAACUAGGAUAGCUACUCUGAAGCUUGUUAGGAAAGAGGAGCUGUACAAAGCUGAUCACAACAAAUCAGAUCAAGUCAAACUUGAUGGUUGUGGGUCAUUGAAGGCUGAGCUGUUUGAUUUGUGUGACAUUGUGGGUGAGAAGUGGCGUGAUUUGGCUGAUCGUCUCAACAUGAGCAGAUAUGAUGUUGAGAUGAUAGAACUGGAGGUUCAUACAAAGAAGGAACGAGCAUUUAAGAUGCUAAAACCAGGUGAGAAGAUUGAUGAAUAUCACCAACGCUUUCUGCUCUAUUGUACCACCAACAACAUCGUCGACACGGACAAAAUGAAAGCAAUAUUCCUCACGACAGUUGGAGGAACAACAUACUCAAUAUUAUUGAACCUCGUCAGUCCAGCUAGACCACAAGUUAAGACCCUCGACAAACUCAUCACAUUGCUGAAGAAUCAUUACGAACCAAGGAAGAUAGCUAACGCCGAAAGGUUCAAAUUUUAUAAGAGACAGCAGAAAGAGGGCGAAUCAAUUGCAAAUUACGUUGCAGAAUUGCGCCGCCUAGCAAAAGAUUGCGAAUUUGCGGACAGCUUGAACACAGUGUUACGCGAUCAAUUGGUGUGCGGUCUCCGACAUGAAGGCCUACAGCAGAAGGUCCUAGCAGAACGAGACCUGACAUUGGGAAAGGCACUGUCGCUAACUCAAGCACACGAAACCGCAAGACAUGAACUGAAAUUGUUGCGAGGAGAACCGCAAUCAAGUCGACAAACAUACCAAGCAGCGGAGACAGCGUUUACCGUGCAAGCAUCCGGAGGUAGGCGGUUCACUCCCAGGGAUAGCACAGCCAAAGAGCGUGUUUGCCAUCGUUGUGACUGA